UCCACCAAAACCCACCCUUUACCCUUUCAAUUCCACCGCUACUUUGACUUUCGAUUCAUUCCCCCACCCAUUUUCCUCUCCUCGUCGCCGAUCGCAAUCGGGAAUCGUCCCGGAUAUGCACAAGAGCCGGCUCCAGGAGCUCUGCCAGCGCCAGCAAUGGUCGCUUCCGGAGUACGCCACCUCACAUGACGGCCCUGCCCACAAUUUCCGCUUUAGCGCUACCGUCACCGUCAACGGCUCCUCGUUCCACUCCCCCGAUCUCUCCCGGACCUCCAAGGAAGCUCAGAACAAGGCCGCGCUGGUCGCUUUCGAGCAGCUCUCUGACGUGGUCCCGCAGUCGCCGCCCGUGGACUUACCACCGCCUCCAACCCCUGCACCGGCCCUUCCUAUAGAUCUUGGCAAUCAAGUUUCAUACAAGAACCAACUUCAUAUAUUUCUUCAGAAGCAAGCUAAAUGUCUACCAACAUAUACCUAUGUUUGUCAUGCUCUUCAAUUCAAAGCUACUGGUAAAGUUGAUGAGCAAACUUUUGAGAGCACAUCAUAUUGUCAUACUGUUAAGGAAGCUGAACAUUCUGCUGCAAAAGUUGCUUUGAUGUCAUUGUUUGGUGAUCAGCAGGAUGAUGGCAUUAUGUACAAGAAUCUAUUGCAGGAAUUAGUACAAAAAGAAGGGUUGCCUAUGCCAGAGUAUAACACAACGAGAUAUGGUGAAAAUCAUGUUCCUACUUUCUCUGUCACUGUUGAAAUCAAAGGCAAAUUAUUUCAGGGAGAUGCAGCGAAAACCAAGAGACAGGCAGAAACGAAUGCUGCAAAGAUCGCAUAUUCUUAUCUUUACCAAAGUAGGUCAAGCAGAUUUUCUUCCCAUUUAUCUUCAAUAUUGGAAGAGCAUAUGGAAUCUGAACCUGCUGCUUCAACAUUAGUGCCAAUAAUCAACACAAACUCUUCAAAGACAGGUUGCAUUGAAGAUGAACAUGACCAUGACCAUGUACAGAAGCAAGAAUCUGGAAGUGAAAUUAAAAUUAGCGAAAUCCUGCAAGAUGAGCAUGAUCCUGUGGAGAAGCAAGGGCAUAUCAGUGCUAGUAAGAAUGGAAAACAACCCCUGCAAGAUCUCACUGAAUCUGGCAGCUCAGCAUCAUCCGACAGUCCUCAAUGCUCCACUCGUCAUAACUUCACAAGCGCACACAGUGCACUUCCCAUGCCGGGAAGCAGUCGCUCAAUGCUGUGCAAUAGGGUCCAAGUUUAUCCUCGCAAAGCUGACAUGGUUUUGCCUGAAGGUGGAACCGCUCUACCCUUCAGCGAUGAUAGCUGGGUCGCCGUCAGUUUGGAAUUCUAAAAUCCAUCAAGGCAAUUGUUCUUUAGGCGGCAGACCUUGUCAUGUUAUAACAAUGCGAUUGUGCACAGACAGCUUCUUGGGUCCUUGCUACGUAUUCUCUUUCUAUAUCACUAUGUGCAGAGACAGAUUCUUGGUUCGUAGAAAGACAUCUUUGUGGCUUAAAUUGAAUAUUGAUUGAUGAGUAUUGUUUUCCUUUUCUUUUAAUAUUAUCAUCAUCUAUACUUUUGUGA